AGGCGCGACGCGUCGCAACGCAGUGCAAAUUGGGAAAAGGGGGAUGAGCUGGGCUGGCUUCGGUCGGGACGGAGAAGCGAAUUUUCCCUCCGGUUGGUGGGAGAUGGGCCUUCGGAAAGGAGGCCGGCGUCAGUGAAGCGCGCUGGCGCCACGAGGUGUUGCAGAGCCUACGGAAUUUAACGUUUGUUAAGAGCCCUGAUGGUUUUAGAUGAAAGGGAUACCAACUAAAGCAUGCUACUCUUUCGAAUUGCAAGCAUCCUUCGUUUUGCAUAUAUCCUGCUGCAGCCAUUAAAAAUGUCAAGUGAUAUUCGUUAAGGAAGUGUUUCUGUUCUUGCCUUGCUGUGCGACUUUGCCAUAAAAGAACUGCUUUUAAUGAAAUACAUCAUCCAUUGUAAAAUUGGAAAAAUAAAGCUUAUUCAUCAUGCCUGCCGUGGCUUCAGUUCCUAAAGAACUCUACCUCAGUUCUUCACUAAAAGACCUCAAUAAGAAGACAGAAGUUAAACCAGAGAAAAUAAGCACUAAGAAUUAUGUACAGAGUGCUCUGAAGAUCUUCAAGACAGCCGAAGAAAGCAGAUUAGAUCGUGAUGAAGAAAAGGCCUAUGUUUUAUACAUGAAAUAUGUGACUGUUUAUAAUCUUAUCAAAAAUAGGUCUGACUUCAAGCAACAACAGGACUAUGUUCAUUCUAUGCUUGGCCCAUCAAACAUCAAAAAAGCUAUUGAAGAAGCUGAAAGACUCUCUGAAAGCCUUAAACUCAGAUAUGAAGAAGCUGAAGUUCGAAAAAAACUUGAAGAAAAGGACAGACAGGAGGAAGAACAACUGCAGAAACAGAAAAGACAAGAAGCAGGAAGAGAAGAAGGUGGCACAUCAGCUAAAAGUUCUUUGGAAAAUGUAUUGGAUUCCAAAGACAAAACCCAAAAGGUUAAUGGUGAAAAGAAUGAAAAAAAUGAAACAACAGAGAAAGGAGCAAUCACAGCAGAGGAACUAUACACAAUGAUGAUGGAUAAAAACAUCACCUUGAUUAUAAUGGAUGCUCGAAGAAUGCAGGAUUAUCAGCAUUCCCAUAUUUUAAAUUCCCUCAGUGUUCCUGAAGAAGCCAUCAGUCCAGGAGUCACUGCUAGUUGGAUUGAAACAAAACUCCCAGAUGAUUCUAAAGACACUUGGAAGAAGAGGGGAAAUGUGAAUUAUGUGGUACUUCUUGACUGGUUUAGUUCUACAAAAGAUUUACACAUUGGAACAACUCUACGGAGUCUGAAAGAUGCACUUUUCAAGUGGGAAACUAAAACUGUCCUGCGCAAUGAGCCUUUAGUUUUAGAAGGAGGCUAUGAAAACUGGCUCCUUUGUUAUCCCCAGUACACAACAAAUGCAAAAGUCACUCGACCUUCACGAAGCAAGAAUGAAGAGGUGUCUAUCUCAUUGGAUUUUACUUAUCCCUCACUGGAAGAAUCAGUUACUUCUAAACCUACUGCCCAGAUGCCACCUCCUUCUAUAGAAGUAGAUGGAAAUGCAGAAUUGAUAAAUGAUCAAGAUGAGAGAAUGGGACCACUGAAUAUACCAGCUCCAGUUGAACCAAUUGCAGCUUUUAAAUCUGAUAUUCCAUCCAUAAUUCAUCCAGUGCCUAUUUUAAAGAAUAUCCCUCAGAUUGAUCGUACUAAAAAACCUUCAGUCAAAUUGCCUGAAGAUCAUAGAAUAAAAUCUGAAAGUACAGAUAAGGAACAACAGUCUCCUCAGAAUGGAAAAGUUGUUCCUGAUCGUUCAACAAAGCCAGCAUUCCCCCCUCCAACUGCCAUGUUAACAGAUGAAGAAAAAGCUUUCAUUCAUGCAGAAACUGCUCUUCUAAUGGAGAAAAACAAGCAAGAAAAAGAACUGCGAGAAAGGCAGCAAGAAGAACAAAAAGAGAAACUGAGGAGGGAAGAACAGGAACAAAAAACCAGACAGAAACAAGAAACUGAAGAAAAUGAAUUCACAGAGAGGCAACGAAAAGCAAAAGAGGAAAUGGAAAGGAGAGAAAGUGAACAGACCAGGAAAGAAGAGAAAGAAACCUCAGCAAAGAGGGGCAGAGAAAUAACAGGAGUAAAAAGACAAAGUAUUAGUGAACAUGAAACUAUUGAUGCCAAGAAGUCUGUGGAAGACAGAGGGAGGAUGUGUCCAACUCCAGAGUUGCAGAAAAAGUCCACAGAUGUGUCCCCUGCCUCUGUGACAGAUUCAAAUUCAGGCAAGGCUGUUAAGAUUAAAGGACAACCAGAAAGUGGGAAUCUAAAGACUGGAGCUUUUAGAGAGACUGUGGAGGACGCUGAAAGAAAUAAAGCUCAGCGAGAACCUUUGACAAGAGCACGAAGUGAAGAAAUGGGGAGGAUUGUACCAGGACUGCCUUUAGGCUGGGCUAAGUUUCUUGACCCAAUCACUGGAACUUUUCGUUAUUAUCAUUCACCCACCAACACUGUUCAUAUGUAUCCACCGGAAAUGGCUCCAUCAUCUGCACCUCCUUCCACCCCUCCCACUCAUAAAACCAAGCCACAGAUUCCUGCUGAGCGGGAUAGGGAACCCUCCAAACUGAAGCGCUCGUACUCCUCCCCAGAUAUAACUCAGGCCAUUCAAGAGGAAGAGAAGAGAAAGCCAGCAGUAACUCCAGCAGUUAAUCGGGAAAACAAGCCAACAUGCUAUCCUAAAGCUGAGAUCACAAGGCUUUCUGCUUCUCAGAUUCGAAACCUCAAUCCAGUUUUUGGAGGAUCUGGACCAGCUCUCACUGGACUACGUAAUUUAGGAAAUACUUGUUACAUGAACUCAAUAUUGCAGUGCCUAUGUAAUGCUCCACAUUUGGCUGAUUAUUUCAACCGAAACUGUUAUCAGGAUGAUAUUAACAGGUCAAAUUUGUUGGGGCAUAAAGGCGAAGUGGCAGAAGAAUUUGGCAUAAUCAUGAAAGCCCUGUGGACAGGACAGUACAGGUACAUCAGCCCGAAAGACUUUAAAAUCACCAUUGGGAAGAUCAAUGACCAGUUUGCAGGAUACAGCCAACAAGAUUCACAAGAACUGCUUCUGUUCCUAAUGGAUGGUCUCCAUGAAGAUCUCAAUAAAGCUGAUAAUCGGAAGAGACAUAAAGAAGAAAAUAAUGAUCAUCUUGAUGACUUUAAAGCUGCAGAACAUGCUUGGCAGAAACACAAGCAGCUCAAUGAAUCUAUUAUUGUUGCACUUUUUCAGGGUCAAUUUAAAUCCACAGUACAGUGCCUCACCUGUCACAAAAAGUCUAGGACAUUUGAGGCCUUUAUGUAUUUGUCUCUACCACUAGCAUCCACAAGUAAAUGUACAUUACAGGAUUGCCUUAGGUUAUUUUCCAAAGAAGAAAAACUCACAGAUAAUAACAGGUUUUACUGUAGUCAUUGCAGAGCUCGACGGGAUUCUCUGAAAAAGAUAGAAAUCUGGAAGUUGCCACCUGUGCUUUUAGUGCAUCUGAAACGUUUUUCCUACGAUGGCAGGUGGAAGCAAAAAUUACAGACAUCUGUGGACUUCCCAUUAGAAAAUCUUGACCUGUCGCAGUAUGUUAUUGGUCCAAAGAACAAUUUGAAGAAAUAUAACUUGUUUUCUGUUUCAAAUCACUACGGUGGACUGGAUGGAGGCCAUUAUACUGCCUAUUGUAAAAAUGCAGCAAGACAGCGGUGGUUUAAAUUUGAUGAUCAUGAAGUUUCUGAUAUCUCCAUUUCUUCUGUGAAAUCUUCAGCGGCUUAUAUCCUCUUUUAUACUUCAUUGGGACCACGAGCAACUGAUGUAGCUACAUAAAGAGAAGUAGGUUAUUAGCUAGUUAACUUUCAAAGGCUGAGCAACACAACUCUUGAAAUGCUUACAAAGAUAUUGAAUAGCUAUAGCUGGCCAUUAGGGGAAUUCUAGGACAGUGGGAACUGUCUUACUAUCACCAUAUAUUUCAGGUCAGUGCUAUUAUCAAAAAACUGACUAAUAACAUGUAACAAGUAUUGCAGUAAGCACUCCUUACAGGUACCAUUUAUUUCAAAACAACUUUUUUAGUCUGCUCCAAAGUUAAAGUAACUAGCUAAGCAUUAUUAUUCUUCGGGCCUAAAACCCAUUGUAUCCUUUAUUUUCUUUUUCACUGUAUGGCCUUUUCAUACUUCUAAAGCCCAGCUUGAUCUACUAUGAAUACUCUAGAAUGAUGAAAAGCAGAUAGGAAUGUAUGUGUAUAUAUUUAUUGCACACUUGCACAUCAAAUCGAUGUACAUAGUAUAAUACCUGGUUCAUUUUUGAAGCCUAGAACUCAGAGGAUUGCAUUUUUUUCUUUUGGCCUAUUCUGAGUAACAGCAGUGCUUUCUUAGGGAAAUGACAGGGCAAAGCUAUUUUCUGUUGGCUUUGGGCUGUAUUUGUGCACUAAAUCUUUACUCUGAAGAAUAAAUGGAAACUUUUCUUUAAUUUUUUAAAAUAAGAAUUUUCAUUUACACCUAUAUUAAAAUCUUAAUGA